CGGGAAUCAAGAAAUUGUACAAUUCCUUUUUCGUGAUGUUUUAAAGAAAACAGGUAGUGGAAAAAAGAGUCGGUAGUAAAUUUAGCGAACCGUAGAAUAGAAAAAUAAACGAGUUUAGUUUACCUAAAAUUGAUAUGGAUUAUCAACUUUAUGAAAAUUCAGACAUCAUGUUGAAUGACAAUUCGGAUAAUUCUAAAAAUUCUUGGAACCUACCGGGCGACUGCAGCAUGGACAAUCAAAACGAUUUAUUUGGAUGGACGUCAAUAAAGAUCGACGAACAAGAUAAGAAUUUGAAAAAGAGAAGGUUGUCGGUAGAAGCCGAAGAAAGCAAAAAUAAACAAAUGGCCAAGGGACCGAUCGUGAAUGGAAAGGUGGUUUUGAAGAAAAAUAUCAUUCAACGAGACGCCGUAAAAAUGCAACACUGGCAAGUAGAAGAUUAUACAGAUCUAAAUACAGAUAUCGAAAACUCUUUAAACCUAAAUACCAAUGAUCUAGUUGGUAAUACUUAUACUGUGAGCGGUAACAUUUUGGGAAUCAACAACUUGACGGUAUUCAAACAGGAGGCUCCAUCUCCAACAUCGAGCGAUGUAACAACAUUACAAGUAGCUCACAAGAGCAGACAAAGUACUUCGUCUACCCGUCAUUCUAAUAUGGCGAUCAACAGUACCAUGGAUGAUAACCAAAAUAUGUUCAACAACACCAUCAAUCAAUUGUUGAGUCAAGAAAGCUUAGCUGGUCUACACAAUGUUAUAGAGAAUAACAGCCUUGCUUCCCCUAAUUCUCAAGAUAGUUAUUCCGUAUCGUCUACAAACUACAAUUUGAUAGAAGACAGUAGAUUCCAAUAUGUACUGGCAGCUGCGACCAGCAUAGCCACCAAACAAAAUGAAGAUACUUUGACGUACUUAAAUCAAGGCCAAAGUUAUGAGAUUAAGUUGAAAAAACUUGGAGAUUUGUCAUUUUAUAGGGGGAAAUUUUUGAAAUCUUACGUUCGCAUCUGCUUCCAUGAAAGACGACUGCAAUAUAUGGAAAAAGAACAAAUGACAGCUUGGCAGAAUGCUAGACCAGGUGAUAGAAUCCUCGAAGCUGACGUUCCCCUUUCUUACGGCGCGUUCGAUAUUACACAACCAACUAAUAAUGUAAACGUUAUUCAUUUUAACUGGGAUCCAACAAAAGAAGUGGGAGUUUAUAUUAAGGUCAAUUGUAUUAGCACGGAAUUUACUGCAAAGAAACAUGGCGGCGAAAAGGGAGUCCCGUUCCGUAUUCAAGUCGAGACUUAUCAAAAUAAUAAUGAAAAUAUGCACCCGAACUUGAAUAAAAGGUUGCACGCUGCGGCCUGUCAAAUAAAGGUGUUUAAGCUUAAAGGUGCCGAUAGAAAACACAAACAAGAUCGAGAUAAAAUUAUGAAAAGACCGCCGUCAGAACAAGAAAAAUAUCAACCGAGUUAUGAAUGCACCGUUUUAAAUGAUUUAGCGAAUGAUGUCUCAGUAUCAUCAUCGCCACCUAUGUCGCCUUUGUCCAGUAACAAUGAAGCCAAUGCAGAAAGCAAUUCGCCAAUUCAGAAUGUAUUACCCACAAAAGAUGAAAAUGUAGUGGAUGUUAUUAAAAAUGGUGUUAAAGAUACACCUGUCGAACCUUCAUUGGAAAUUAGAAAUAAAAUACAAUCUACUAAUAUACAACUAUCCCAAAUUUCUACACCAGAAGAAACAAAGGAGUGGUUGUCCCAGAAUAGAUUCGAAAAAUAUUUGGAUACAUUCGAAAGCUUUUCUGGAGACGAUAUGCUUAGAAUGACUAGAGAAGACCUGAUGCAAAUAUGUGGAAGUGCUGAUGGAAUCAGGCUUUACAAUGCAGCACACUUGAAAACAAUAGCGCCGAAAUUAAAAAUGUACGUUUGCCAGGAAAAUACGUCCGUUUUCAAUGCCGUAUUUUUAUCUUCCUACAACAACAAGGAGCUGCUGCAAAAACUAUCGACGCUGGUAGGCAUCUCUCAAAACCAGGUGCGCGAUAUAUACUUGGAAGGACCGCAUUCCAUUCACAUUCAACUCAAUAACGAUCUCUUGAAACAUUUCAAAGAGGAGACGAUGUUUACGUUACAAAUAAUAUCGGAAGAAAAUAACAGUUGUAUUUUAUUGUUAAAACGUACAGUCAAAUGAAUGUGUACUAGUUUAAUAAUAAAAAAUGAAGAAUCGUUAACAUAUCCAUUUCUUAGUUUAAAACAAUGAAAUGGAGAGGGGUAGAAUGAUAACUGUCAAUGAGAAAGUAUAUAUACUAUGCACAAUUAUCAAGGGACCAAAAACGUGCUUCCCUUAACAAAAACACUUCUAGUGAGGUUUUUAGUCUAAGUUUGUAUUAUAUUUUUGGUGUUUUAGAAUUUUUUUUGGUGUAUUUAGUUGAAAAAUGGCAUAAUUUAUUAUCUUUUAAGAUUAUAUGAAUACUGAUUGUAUGAUUUACAAUAAGGUCCAUUUGUACCAUUUAAGUUCAGGCGAGGAUCAACUAAACUUGGUUUUGAUUGCGACAUUUGGGUAUAGUUAGUACGACGUUUGUCACAGUCUAAACCAGGUUCAGUUGAACCUCCCUUAAACUGGAUUGGUACAACAGUCAAGUAGUAAUGAAAAAGUCAGAUUAAGGAACUUUUGUUUUUUUUGUCCAUUCUGACAGGACAUUGAUUGAUUGUCUAAUUUCGUUUUGCACGUUUUGUAAAUAAGAUGCAGGGACGGUUUAAGAACAUUUUGUGCAACAAUUAUAAAAUAAUGCAUCUGAAAAUAAUUAACAAGUAUAAUUUAAUACUAAAUCGAACUCGAAGUACAAAAAAUCACAAAUAUAAGCAAAAUAACAAAGAAUUGACAUCAAAAAAGCUUACAACAGCCUCAACACCAACAAAAAAAGAGCUGAACAUGAACAUAAUCGCUGAACAAAGGCAAGUCUGGAAUUUGUUUA